UGAGUUCUAUUAGGAAAUAUUGCAUACCUAAAAAUAGCAAUUACUUAUAAGUAUAGUAAUAGAAGUGUCAGAAGGUAAAGUUAAUUAGGAAUUUUCAUUAAAGGAUCUUGUUGAAAUUGGUCAUUCGUUUAUAUUUUUCUGAUCUACAAAUCAACCGUAGGGACAUUUAUAUCUUUUUAUUUUCCCAUAUGUGCUAGCAUUGUGUGUGUAUCUAUGAGAGAGAGAGAGAGGGAGAGAGAGGGAGAGAGAGAGAAAGAGAGAGAGAGAGAGAGAGGGAAUCUUUCUGUGGAAGAUCCUGAAUGGGUUGUUUCCCUUUAAAUGGGGCUUGCGUCAGCUCAGCACACGAGAUAUUCUUGGAACUUGCCUUGAUAGAAAGCUGACAUACUAGCCACAUUUUUUUCUUGUGGCUUCCCUGGGUUUUCUGAACCUGAGCAAAGCUUGUUUUCCAUCUCUAAAUACUGCUGGCUGGUUUUUGCUGUUGGGAUUCCAGCAUUUGGGCCUAUCUGGGGCAAGCUUUGGGCAUCUCGUAGGUGUUCCGCAGCUGUAGUUGGGUUGCUAUAGGAACCAGAUGUCACUGUGCGGCAUGGGGCCUCUUUAGUUCUCCAUGUGCCGCCCCGGCCUGGGGAGUAACAGUGACAGUGACACCCUUGUUCACAGCCCCAGUGGGGAAUUCCCUGUUCCAUCCAGCAAGGCUUUGCAAGGCCCCAACCAUGGCGACCACCGCAGGGGGUCAGGAAUUCUUGAGGUGUGUUUUUCCCUUGCUCGGGGGAGCCUUCACCUUUAGACAGGCUGCCCAGCUGCCCCUCGGGGCUCCGCAGCGCUCACUGGGGCAGGGUGUCCUCGGGCAUUUGGGAAUGCCUGGGAGGCACCAGGAUAACCUCUAGAGUGGUUGGGAACACUAAGGCUGAUAGCCACCCUGGGGCAGCCUCCCCCUAAACCUGGAGACAACUGAGGCAUUUCAUGUGGCAUUUUACAUCUCGAGAACCAGCUAAUGGGAUGGUGAAUGUAAUUGCCAUGUGGCAAAUUAAGCUUACAGUGCUGUUUCAUUAUUAAUUUCAAUCAAAGUCAUUAGUUACUAUUUAAGGAUCUGUCUGCUUGGCCCCCUACACCAUACUUCAUCCGGCUGCCUGCAGCUUUUGAAGAAGAGGGAGAAAUGGUCUCUUUCUCUUCGCUGCUGCUCAUCCUUGGAGAAUUUACUCUGGUGAAAUACUGGGUGAUUCUCAGGACUGAGUCUUUGCCAGAGCAGAAGGAGUCUAGACAGCUCACCACAAUAAUUCCAUAUGCUUGGAAGUCUCAGCCCCAUUAAGCAAGUUCCUACUAUGUGCUUACCACCUUUCUAAAUUAUAUCCUUGUAUUCUCAAAACAGCCCUUUGUGGGAGGCAUUUUUUAAUCCCCAUUUCUCAGAUGAGGAGAUUGAGGCUCAGAAAAUUAAAUGAAUCACCAACGUUCGCCUAGCUAGGAAGUGGCAUAGCUAAGAUUUGACCUUGGUCUCUGAUUCCAAAGGCUGAUCCCUUCAUGUUCCACCUGAGAGCCAAUGCAGGGCCAGGCAGGCCUGAUUCCUUGUGUGCUGAGGUCUCUGCACUUCAUGAGGACUGUCAUUCUCUCCAUUGGGCAGUUAUCUCAUCCUGUCCUCCAUGGACCCCAUGAAGCCCAGCCUAGAUGAACUCCCCUAAGAAGGAUUUUGCAAGCCAUGACCACCACCAAUAAGUGACUCUGAAAAUGCCCAUGAGGGGAUUUAGUGAUGGAUCCAAAGGAGGCAGGUGUCUGUGGCAGCCCCUGUCGGCUGGAGCAUCCCAGAAGCCUGCUGGGACCACUGAGAAGAAUUUUCCUAUGGGAAAACAUGCAUGAGGAGACAGUCUGGCCUCUCAGUGGGAGACUGGUGUUCCCCAGGGGCUUUUCUCUCACCCAGUUGCCCAUCUGUAUGUGUGUACCCAUCUGCUCCUGCAUCCUGGGUGAUCUCGGGCCAUCACCAUGGUAUCUGUGUUGCUGGGCCAACACAUUAGCUGAAAAGCAAACACAUGCCAGGAAGGAGGGCUCUCCCUGCACCUUGGUGACCUGUGCAGAGCGAGGACUCCUGAGCCAGGAUGGGAGGAGGAAAGAUGACAGGGUAAACAGCAGGUGUCAGACACUUAGGGAAAUGUAUUCAGAUUCACACUGAACAGGAUCAGCAGCCCCAAGUACAGAAGUCGAAUGUGCAGACUCCUGUUGCCACCUUGCCUUCCGCUGGGGGCUGAAGAGGAGGCCCAGAAGAUUAAUAAUGGCUCAAGCCAGGCGGAUGGCACUCUCAAGCCAGUGGAUGAAAAAGAGGAGGCGGUGGCUGCUGAGGUCGGCUGGAUGACCUCCGUGAAGGACUGGGCGGGGGUGAUGAUAUCUGCCCAGACACUGACUGGCAGAGUCCUGGUUGUCUUAGUCUUUGCUCUCAGCAUUGGUGCACUUGUAAUAUACUUCAUAGAUUCGUCAAACCCAAUAGAAUCCUGCCAGAAUUUCUACAAAGAUUUCACAUUACAGAUCGACAUGGCUUUCAACGUAUUCUUCCUUCUCUACUUUGGCUUGCGGUUUAUUGCAGCCAAUGAUAAGCUGUGGUUCUGGCUGGAAGUGAACUCUGUGGUAGAUUUCUUCACGGUCCCCCCAGUGUUUGUGUCUGUGUACUUAAACAGAAGUUGGCUCGGUUUGAGAUUUUUAAGAGCUCUCAGACUGAUCCAGUUUUCAGAAAUUUUGCAGUUUCUGAAUAUCCUUAAAACAAGUAAUUCCAUCAAGCUGGUGAAUCUGCUCUCCAUAUUUAUCAGCACGUGGCUAACAGCAGCCGGGUUCAUCCAUUUGGUGGAGAAUUCAGGGGACCCAUGGGAAAAUUUCCAAAACAACCAGGCUCUCACAUACUGGGAAUGUGUCUAUUUACUCAUGGUCACAAUGUCCACUGUUGGUUAUGGGGACGUUUAUGCAAAAACCACACUCGGGCGCCUCUUCAUGGUCUUCUUCAUCCUCGGGGGACUGGCCAUGUUUGCCAGCUACGUCCCUGAAAUCAUAGAGUUAAUAGGCAACCGCAAGAAAUACGGGGGCUCCUAUAGUGCGGUUAGUGGAAGAAAGCACAUUGUGGUUUGUGGACACAUCACUCUGGAGAGUGUUUCCAACUUCCUGAAGGACUUUCUACACAAGGACCGGGAUGAUGUCAACGUGGAGAUUGUCUUUCUUCACAACAUUUCUCCUAACCUGGAGCUUGAAGCUCUGUUCAAACGACAUUUUACUCAGGUGGAAUUUUAUCAGGGUUCAGUCCUCAAUCCACAUGAUCUUGCAAGAGUCAAGAUAGAGUCAGCAGAUGCGUGCCUAAUCCUUGCCAAUAAGUACUGCGCUGACCCAGAUGCGGAAGAUGCCUCCAACAUCAUGAGAGUAAUCUCUAUAAAGAACUACCAUCCGAAGAUAAGAAUCAUCACUCAGAUGCUGCAGUAUCACAACAAGGCCCAUCUGCUAAACAUCCCAAGCUGGAAUUGGAAAGAGGGUGAUGAUGCAAUCUGCCUCGCAGAGCUGAAGCUGGGGUUCAUAGCCCAGAGCUGCCUGGCUCAAGGCCUCUCCACCAUGCUCGCCAACCUCUUCUCCAUGAGGUCAUUCAUAAAGAUUGAGGAAGACACGUGGCAGAAGUACUACUUGGAAGGAGUCUCAAAUGAAAUGUACACAGAAUAUCUCUCCAGUGCCUUCGUGGGUCUGUCCUUCCCUACUGUUUGUGAGCUGUGUUUUGUGAAGCUCAAGCUCCUAAUGAUAGCCAUUGAGUACAAGUCCGCCAAUCGAGAGAGCCGAAGCCGAAAGCGUAUAUUAAUUAAUCCUGGAAACCAUCUUAAGAUCCAAGAAGGUACUUUAGGAUUUUUCAUCGCAAGUGAUGCCAAAGAAGUUAAAAGGGCAUUUUUUUACUGCAAGGCCUGUCAUGAUGACAUCACAGAUCCCAAAAGAAUAAAAAAAUGUGGCUGCAAACGGCCCAAGAUGUCCAUCUACAAGAGAAUGCGACGGGCAUGUUGUUUUGAUUGCGGACGUUCUGAGCGUGACUGCUCGUGCAUGUCAGGCCGUGUGCGUGGUAACAUGGACACCCUUGAGAGAACCUUCCCACUUUCUUCUGUCUCUGUUAAUGAUUGCUCCACCAGUUUCCGUGCCUUUGAAGAUGAGCAGCCAUCAACACUGUCACCAAAAAAGAAGCAACGCAACGGAGGCAUGCGGAACUCACCGAGCUCCUCGCCCAAGCUGAUGAGGCAUGACCCCUUGUUAAUUCCUGGCAAUGAUCAGAUUGACAACAUGGACUCCAAUGUGAAGAAAUAUGACUCCACUGGGAUGUUUCACUGGUGCGCACCUAAAGAGAUAGAGAAAGUCAUCCUGACUCGAAGUGAAGCCGCCAUGACUGUCCUGAGUGGCCAUGUCGUGGUCUGCAUCUUUGGCGAUGUCAGCUCAGCCCUGAUCGGCCUCCGGAACCUGGUGAUGCCACUCCGUGCCAGCAAUUUUCAUUACCAUGAGCUCAAGCACAUCGUCUUUGUGGGCUCCAUUGAGUACCUCAAGCGGGAAUGGGAGACACUUCAUAACUUCCCCAAAGUGUCCAUAUUGCCUGGUACGCCAUUGAGUCGGGCUGAUUUAAGGGCCGUCAACAUCAACCUCUGUGACAUGUGCGUUAUCCUGUCAGCCAAUCAGAAUAAUAUUGAUGAUACUUCGCUGCAGGACAAGGAAUGCAUCUUGGCGUCACUCAACAUCAAAUCUAUGCAGUUUGAUGACAGCAUCGGGGUCUUGCAGGCUAAUUCCCAAGGGUUCACACCUCCAGGAAUGGACAGAUCCUCUCCAGAUAACAGCCCAGUGCACGGGAUGUUACGCCAGCCAUCCAUCACGACUGGGGUCAACAUCCCCAUCAUCACUGAACUAGCUAAACCUGGCAAGUUGCCUUUGGUAUCAGUCAAUCAGGAAAAAAACAGUGGGACGCACAUUCUAAUGAUAACUGAACUGGUGAAUGAUACUAAUGUUCAGUUUUUGGACCAAGACGAUGAUGAUGACCCUGACACAGAACUGUACCUCACACAGCCAUUUGCAUGUGGGACAGCAUUUGCCGUCAGCGUCCUGGACUCACUCAUGAGCGCGACAUACUUCAAUGACAAUAUCCUUACCCUGAUCCGGACCCUGGUGACCGGAGGAGCUACGCCGGAGCUCGAGGCUCUGAUUGCUGAGGAGAAUGCACUUCGAGGGGGCUAUAGCACCCCCCAGACGCUGGCCAACAGGGACCGCUGCCGCGUAGCCCAGUUAGCACUGCUGGAUGGGCCCUUUGCAGACUUGGGGGAUGGUGGUUGUUAUGGUGAUCUGUUCUGCAAAGCUCUGAAAACGUAUAACAUGCUUUGUUUUGGAAUUUACCGGCUGAGAGAUGCUCACCUUAGCACCCCUAGCCAAUGCACAAAAAGGUAUGUCAUCACCAACCCCCCAUACGAGUUUGAACUUGUGCCGACGGACCUGAUCUUCUGCUUAAUGCAGUUUGACCACAACGCCGGCCAGUCCCGAGCCAGCCUCUCCCAUUCCUCCCACUCAUCGCAGUCCUCCAGCAAGAAGAGUUCCUCCGUUCACUCCAUCCCAUCCACAGCAAACCGACAGAACCGGCCCAAGUCCCGGGAGUCCCGAGACAAACAGAAUGCAACAAGGAUGAAUAGAAUGGGCCAAGCAGAAAAGAAAUGGUUUACAGAUGAACCGGAUAAUGCCUAUCCCAGAAACAUUCAAAUCAAGCCCAUGGCUAACCAGAUCAAUCAAUAUAAAUCCACAAGCAGCUUGAUUCCACCAAUCAGAGAAGUUGAAGAUGAAUGUUGACUCCCAGGAGACCAGAACUAUUUUUUUAAAGCCUGACAAACUUCAUAAAUGGUGAUGUGACUUUUCUUCCUCUUACAUGCUGAAUCACUGGUGGAAACGUUAGGAUAAGCAGGAAUAGCAAGAACAAUAAAGUAGAGAGAUCUUUCUCUUUGUCUGCCUUGAAUAUUGCUUCCAUGUAUUUUGGAAAAGAAAAUGAUUUCAUUUAUAAAUGAACAUACUAAAAUAGUCAUGUAUAGCCUCUAGCAUUUUAAAUUAUUUUUAUUUAUUAGAAAGAAAAUAUAUUUUUUCUUUUUUUUUUUUCAUUGUCAAAUAUCUUCCCUUCAUCUAACAAUGCAAAAUCAAAAUGACUUACUCUGUGGCCAGGCUCUUUAAUGCAAUUUCUCUUAUUUAUCUCUUUUUCUUCAAGGAGAAUGAUGGUUACCACCAGAAUUAAUUGCAAUUAAGGGAAAUGGGUUUUUAAAACAAUUUAAAAGUGGUCCAGUGAUGUAAACAUAUAUUUUAGUAAAUUCAAAAACGAAGACAAAAGGGAGCAGGUGAAUUUCCUGGAUGGGUGUAUAUUUUGGCUGCAUUGACACCAGCUCUUAAUAAAUGGACACAUUUAUUUUCACAGUUGAAAGUCAUAUUUUUGUAGUUUUAGUUUUCCUUCUGUAUUUCUCAUCCCUCUGUUCAUGUGUUUAAAGGGAAGACCUUCUUGCAGCUUUUCUGUAAUUGCCAGAUUAGACUUACCCGGCCAGCUAUGGAUACCUGGAGGGUUGUGAGCAUGCCUAAGACGCGGGUGUUGAGGAUCAGACACAUACAAGAUACUGCUCUAUUUGUUGUUCUAAUGAUGGGGACUCCUACAUGUUAUUGUGCUUUUUGUUUUGUGUCUCCAAAUCACUCAAGCAAGUAAUCUCAACUUUGCAAGAGUCUGGCGGACUUUCUCCCCACUCCCUAGGUCUCAGAGCUUUUAGCCUGAAAAUUUGUAAACACCAAUGAGUAGUUUUACUUAACAAUAGGAUAUGAUAAUACAUUCAUUCUUUUCACUGAGGUUUUGUGUAAAAGCCAGAAAAUUUUCAAAGAGACGACUUUUGCCCAGAUUUUAAUUUUGCAGACUUCCCUUUAGUUGCUGGGAUAAAACAUACAAACUUGGUACAACUACAUAAAAAACAAUAACAACAAAAGGAAAGCAAUGAAUGCACUUAGUAUAGACUAUUAGAAAAGGCCUUUGAAAAUUACCAGUAAUGAAAUUAAAUCUAUCAGCCACUUUAAACUGUGAUCAAAAGAUUUUUCUAGCCAUCAGUCACAAAUUAUGAUGUCUCCGAGCUCUGUGGUCACUUGCAUGCUCCAUGUACAGUUGUCCAGGCAACUGUUAUGUUCCAAACAAUUUAGCAAGUCUUUCAACUUCAAAAUUAUCAAUCUUUGAUGCAAUCAUCAGGGUCUCUGGAGAAGCAUGGCUGUGACAGUGAUUUUUAUUUUCUUAAAAAUGUAAAUUGUGAACACUUGGAGAAACAAAACCAACCAAAAUAUCCCCUAAAGUCCCAUGAUAUCUAGUCCAUUAAUUCUUUAUGCCAUGACCCUGUGGUACCUAGUAUGUUAGUGCAAAUCAGAUCAGAGCCAAGCAAGGAAAUCACCAUGAAAACAUAUGUCCACUAAGUACUCCAAUUGUCAACGUAGGCAAAAUGAGCUUCCACCUCUGUCCACUCCCUGCAGAACCAGUGUAGUUGUGCUCCCACCUUAUAAGCGCCAUCCUAAAGUGACUUGUCAGACUGUGGCUACCGUGUCGUCACAUUUUGUAGCAUUAGUUCUAUAAAAGUAUUGUGAAUAUAAUGUAUGUCUAAUUGGAUGGUUUAAAAACUACUUAUAACCAAUCACUAGUCUAUUCAGAAGACGAAAAUGACUUCAGCAGUCUAUAUUCAGGCUUAUAAACAUUUUCUGGUUUCCAACAGAAGUAAAACAGGUUUCUGGGGCAAAUCUCUUGCUAGGAUUUUACAACUUUCCUGAAAGCUAGGCCUUCUUCUAUAUGACAAUUUUGCAUUUGGGUCACCUUAGUACAUUCACAUCAGCCCACGCUCUUCUUUCCUUCAUGAACCCCCUUCAUGAAUCCUAAUAACCUGAUAACCAUUUCUGAAUUUGUUGUAACUAUGUGGUCCCCUCUGGCAGGCACCGUGGCCACCUAAACGAUCUUCCGUUAGAGGAAGAUCUUCCAUUAAGCCAGUGUCCCAUGCCUGAUGCCCCCUCCUCCCCAUCUCUCCAUACCAAGGCAGUCUGGAAGCAGAAGUGAAAACUCCAUGUCCAUAAUGGCUAGAGAUCCGAAUCUAAACUUCUUUACUUUUUUUUUAACCAAAAUGGCUAAGAUGAUUUCCUAUAGCAAAAGACUUCACCCCAAAAACCAAUUGGCAGGAAUCCACUUUCUUCUAAGGUAGAGAAGCAAGCUCAUGCUAUUUUGCCUUUGUAAUAAUGAAUUGUUCUGGGCCAGAAAAUAAAAUCAGGCAUUUUUUUUUAAAGGAGCAUGCAAAAUGACUGGUUGGUAACUCCUUUGGCAAAAACUGGUGCCUGGUAGGUUGAAAGUGAAAUCAAAACAGAAACUAGACUGUAAGACCACUCAAGGGCUCAAAAGCAUGCCAGAGUUUCCCUGAUUUGUCUCUAUUUGUUGAACUCUCUGGCUUUGAAGGAGUCCUCAUCCCAUCUCCCUGUGAAAAGAGCCGUCUUUCUGGCUAAAGUGAGCAUAGACCAAUGAUGGUCAUCAUUGGUACAGUCUGUGUUAUAAGGUUCUGAUCUCCUAUUCCAGUUUAGGGUUCCAGAAAAGCCAUUUUUCCCUCACUAAUGAUUCUUGCAUCCUUUGAGAAUCAAAGACUCACAAACAGGCUAUUUAAAAUGCAGAAAGCACCUACUUACAAAGACAUCAUCACCAUCAUCAUCUUUCUCAUUAAAGAAAACUUUAACUUUUGUCUGAGCAAUUUUACAUUUUAAAAUGUCACUUUGAACCAAGAUAGGACACCUUAGAUAAAAAUGAUUGUGACUAAAGCAAGUUGAUGACACCUAGAAGCUCUAUCCUUCCAAAGGUUGGAGCAUCUUAUGAUGCACUUUAUAAAAAUUUAAUUGAAGAAUUUAAAUAAACAGGGAAUUAGAACUGUUUGGUUAGGGUUGGGAAGGAGGAAAGUGAGAAAACAUAAGAAAAUUGGGGAUAUUUUCAUGUCGAAAGGCAAGAGAGUCCAAAUUUCCUACUUAAGUUUUCACGUGAGGGUUCAACAGCUACAUCUGCAAAUAACUAGCUAUGCACUUCGAAAGUGUUCUUUAGACUCUCCAAGUCUCAGUGAGCUCAUUUGUAAAUGAAAGUGGUUCAUCUAGAUGAGUCUAAGGUCCCUUUCAGAUCUGAGAGGACCUGACCUAAGUUAGGAGUGGGAGAAUGCGAACAAGCCAAGCCCUUGGAGACAGUCUUGUCCUGUCCUAGAAUAACGAUCCUUCUUACUGCAUCACCCAAGCAAUACUCCAGAGGGUAAUGUAUAUUUUCUGCUCUGGACAUAUAGGAGUUAGCUUCAUUCCUCUGCUUUACACUUUGGAGUCUCUUUAGAGUCAAAAUACAAAUUUAAAAAUUCUAAUCCACCUGAAUCGUGUUGAUCAGAGUUUCCUGCAUGUUCCUAAGGUUUUCUUCUCCAUCUCAUCCCUGUCUGCCUUUGUUCUUGGUUUAAGGCACAGUUUAAGUCUGUCCCUGCAUCUCUAACCCAUAGCUACAAUUUCCAAAAUGUAGUUAGAGCCUCAUGACCCCUAGAUUCCUGCAAUUUUCCUCAUUUUUAUUUCUGCAUGUGGAUCUGGGCUUUGGGAGUAACCAAUCUUACUUCAUUUCCUAUCCUCUGUUUGAUUUUUUUUUUCUCGUUAGUAUACUAUCUCCUUGCCACAUACAUUCAUAAGGCUAAUUUUGAUCAAUCAUUUUUUAUUGUCAAAGAGAAUCUCAGUAAAGGAAAAAAGGGAGGAAAGGACAAAAGGAGGAAGAGAGAGAAAAAAAGAAUAUCACAUCAAUUGACUGCGACAUGAACUGCCUUGCUCAUAGGAAACAAAGCAAAUCCAUUCAAUGUGGAUAGAAGUUCCAGAGCAGAAUCCGUCCACUUUCCAUUCUGUCCCUAGCGUCUAUUUUCUAUUCUGUUCCUCUUUGCUGCUUUGGAAUGGUGGUGAGAUCACCAAUCACUGUGGCCCUUGAAAGGGCCUUUGCUAUUUAGGGCUUGACUCAUCCUCUGUAAAAAGCAGAAGGAACUGAGAAUUCACUUACCACUUCCCUGAUAAAUUACAUUUCUGCCCCUCCUCUACUCACCCAAUGUCCCCAAAGGGCAUUAUUUUUCUAUCCAGUAGAGAUGAUUUGACAUUUAAAUCCCAUGAUCUUUUGAGGAGGUGAUGUGGCCCUUUGGGUUUAUUUAUGAGAGAGUAGUCAUUAGAAACCGUUUCCAACCAGUUUGUACUAGUGGUGCCUUAUUGGCGAAAUCUGUUUAAGUGAAAUCUGUUCUGGUUGGUUGUUGCUCACAUAAUGCCAGUUGUUAAUAUUUUCAAGAUUUCCAUAAAAUAAGACAAUUCAGAGAAUACUUUUAUCUUUAAUUUUAUUUCCCAAGGAAUUACAGAACCUAAUUUGCCAUUCCUAUGGUAAAUUUGUUUGGAACAGGUACGAAGAGAAAGGAGCCCGUGUGUCCAAAGGCAGUAGCCCUUUAGCCAAUGGUUGGAGGCACCAUGAUAUCACAGCCCCACAGGAUUAGACUAGGGGAGGAGUUGUGUGUUAGACUAUCUGUACCAGACUUCCUUUUUGCCUCAUUUUCUGGUGUGAAAACGGGCCUGACACUUCUGCAUCUAACGACAGGCCAAACUCAGGACAUAUAUCAAAAAGGUGGGAAGAAAGAACAAAAACAAAAGGAUAUAAAAAGUAUUUUAAGACACCAUCAACCAGGAGCAUGUAUGUGGUGUUCAGAGUUAGUGCUUUGUGUUGAAAGGAGAAAGAGAUUACAUUGAACUAUAAUCCACUGGGAAGAGUGCAGAGGAAUAUGAUGCUUGAUGGGCUUUGGAGGCAUUUCAAUAGGAAAUAGAUGGCUAGAGAAAUGUGGAGUAUAAUGGAUUUCCAGGGAGGGGGAGCUUAAUGGGCCAUGGCUGCCAAAAUGGAGAAUGCUGAACUUAACCACUACGCCACAGGACCAGCCCCUACAACCACAUUUUUAGGGGCUCAAAAAA